AAAGCACAUCCUACCACCAACAUCCAAACUUCACCUAAGGCUAAGGGAAUUAAGUCAGUCAAUACCCAAAGACCCUUAUUUUUCCUCCAAUUUCUGUUCAACCAUGGCUUCCCCCAGCAUCCAGAGACCCUCUUCUUCUUCCACUUCUCACCCUCAGUGGAGCUACGAUGUGUUUUUGAGUUUUAGAGGUGAAGAUACUUGCAUAAGCUUUACCGAUCACCUCUACUCGGCUUUGAUUCGUAACAAUAUUAAUACCUUCAGAGAUGAUGAAGAACUUCGAAGGGGUGAAGAGAUUGCACAAGAGCUCUUAACAGCUAUUGAAGAAUCAAGGAGUGCCAUUAUUGUCUUCUCAAAAACCUAUGCUCAUUCCAAAUGGUGUCUGGAAGAGCUUGUCAAGAUCAUGAAAUGCAAAGAGGAAAGGGAACAAAUGGUAGUUAUCCCAAUUUUCUAUCAUGUAGAUCCGUCUGAAGUGCGGAACCAAACUGGGGCUUAUGGAGAAGCAUUUACGCAUCAUGAGGAGAAUACAGAUGAGGAGAGAAAGGAAAAGAUAAGGAAAUGGAAGACUGCCCUGAGGCAAGCAAGCAAUCUAGCCGGAUACGAUGCGAAGAACAGGCAUGAUUGCGGAGUUUUUGUAAUGAAAUUCAUGGAAUUGUGGUCAAUGGGGGGGUUCUCCAAAUCAAUCGAUGUGGGAAAGUUGAAACAUUACAGGUUGAAGAUUAUGGGGAGUAUGUUGUUCUCAGCACAAAAUGCACACCGAGAUCGUGUCAGGAGAUAUUAAAGGGGAUUGUAAUUUGUGAUAAGACUGUAUAAAGUUAGCACAUUUGUAUGUAAUUUAUGGUGGACAAAUGUAGUUCUUUAAAUUUUGUUUUUGGAUUGUAAUUCUCUUUAGGGGGGCAAGCCAAGACACUAAUGUUUGUUCACAUUAGCCCUGAACCAGAUGCUGAUGGAGAAACAAUUAGCAUAGUUAAAUUUGCAGAGCGAUUUGCCAUGGUAGAACUUGGUGCUGCUCGUGUAAACAAGGAUAGUGCAGAUGUGAAAGAGCUGAAAGAACAGAUUGGUACUCUGAAGGCAGCUCUGGCAGGAAAGAGGAAAACCAGAGGACAUGCCAUAUGCAUAUUGGUUUGUGGUAGACUCACUUUGUGGUUCAAAAAAUGGGAUCAAUUGGGAGGUCAAUUGAUGUUGCAAGUUUUAAGAAUUAUGUAGAAUUAUGCUAGGCAAUUGAAUGCAUGUUUGGAGUUGUAGGUGUGCUCAACGACGAGAAAGGCUCAGGUUGGAAAAUGGUGUAUGUGGAUUAUGAGAAUGAUGUACUUCUUGUUGGGGAUGAUCCCUGGAAAUAAGUUCUGUUCUGUUGUUUUGUGCAUGCAUACACUGAUAGAACCCAGAUCUACUGAACCCCCACUAUACCAUUAUAGUAACUAGACCAAUACAUUAUCAUAGUAAAAUUAACCAGAAAUAAAGUCAGUAUAUACCUACAUUUUUAGGAUCAUUUUGCUGGCAUUCUGGUGGGGACUGUUUAUAGUUCACUUUCUUGCUAUAUCUUGCUUUCACAGCUUAUGUUUUUAGUAGUUUGUGUUUUCAUUUGGAACAACUAGCACUAUGGGUUCGAUUCUGCAGUUAGACAUAUUUCUAAUGCUUAUCAAUGUUCCUCUGCCAGUGAGUAUGUUGGUUUUGAAUCUAUUACCCAUCACCACAAAGGAACUUCUGUUCUCCGCUAUUUAGAUUUCUUAACGAAAAUUGAGAAUUGAAACUGAUGAAAGAAAAAGGUGAUUGAUGAGAAAUUAAACCAAGUGGAAUGCUAUAUCUUGUGGUCCUAGACUCUACAAUGGUUCAUACCUAGACAAAAACAUGUCCUUCCCACGUGCUUUUGAAAGAUAUAUCUUCAGCUUUUAGAUUCUCUCUGUUUUCGUAUUUAUUGCAUCUUUUGCAUUUCAAUAGCCUAUACUUUGCUGUUGCAUAUUGUGCAUUUAUAUGGGUUUCCAUGAUUCCUUUUGCAUGUUUACACAUCUACUUCCACUCUUCUAUAGAUAUUUUUUUCUCAGAUUUAGGCACUAUCUUCUUUCAGAUGAAUUAUUUUUAAUGAAAUUACCUCUG